AUGGCAGCGACAUACCUGGUGGCGAGAGGGCUCUACUCGGAGCCCAAGCUGCCCGACUACCUGUCGGCCAGCAACAUGACGGCCGUCGCAGAGUACUACACCCAGCACCGCAUCCCGCAGAGGUUCAGCCCGGGCAUCGUCUUCGCCUCGGUCGCCGUCGCCGCGCUCGGCUCGUACGCCACGCUGCUCGUCCUCGGCAAGCGGACGGGCAACAAGGGUCUCAAGAACAUGGCCCUCCUCUCGCUCGCCGCCACCACCAUGGCCAGCGUCGGCAUCUGGGGCAUGCACUUCAUCGGCAUGUACAUGUCGCUCCGCCCCAUUGCCGGCGUCACCUGGUACAUCAAGGUCAACCCGGGCUUCACCGUCCUCAGCCUCUUCGUCCCGCUCGUCGCCCUGCUGCUCGCCUUCUUCAUCGUCGACGCCCAGGUCUCGUUCAGCAUCCUCCGCACCUCGCUCAGCGGCAUCCUCGUCGGCCUCAUCGUCUCGCUGAUGCACUACUCGGCCUCUCUCAAGACCAACUUCACCGUCAUCUACUCGCCCGCCCAGGUCGUCGCGUCGAUCGUCGUCGCUUGCAUCGCCUCGACCGUCGCCCUCGUCGCCUUUUUCAAGUUCCGCGCCCAGUGGGAGGACAGCUGGUGGAAGCGCAUCCUCUGCGCACUCAUCCUCGCCGGAGGCGUCUCGGGAAUGCACUACAUCGGCGUGUGGGGAACCAGCUACCAGGUGCCCGCCAGCGGCGUGUCGCAGCCCGGCAACCUGCUCGGCGGCAAGACGCGCAACAAUGUCCUCGUGAUCGCCAUUGCCUCGAUGUGCGCCGUCAUCGUCAUCUUCUCGAUCUUCAUCGGCGUGUCCGACCUCCUCGUCAUCAAAAACGCCCGCAGCAGGGCCAAGAAGGUCGUGGUCUGCUCGGCCACGUUCGACAAGCAGGGCCGCCUGCUGGUCAAGCCCGACGGCACCAUGCCCCUCAUGAUCAUCGAGACCGACGUCAACACCCGUGACAUCCUCGAGGCCCUCGACAACCGCCAGCCCACGUUCCAGUGGCUCUAUUCGCUUUCGUGGGACUGGCACAUGAUCACGCCGUGGCUCAAGGCCAUCUCGGCCCGCUUCCUCGCCGAGGCGCAAAACGAGCAGCGGCGCGAGGCCGAGUGGAAGCGCCGCGGCAAGAAGAUCAUCGCCACCGGCCGGAGGAGCCUCGACCUGGCCGAGGAGCGACGCAAGGGCCCCCAGUCGCUCGCCGACUUCCGCGACCGCUUCAUCUACGCCGCCAACCAGCUGGCCGACGAGCUCGCCAUCCCCUUUGAGGACAUCGGCGUCCUCUACGACCACGUCCUGCCCACCGGCACCCGGCACAGCGAGGGCCAGGCGCAGCUCGCCGACAAGUUCGCGCCCUCGAAGCAGUUUGCCGACGACGAGAGCUCCAUCAACGGCCCCGUCCCCAGCAUCUUUGGCGAUGGCGACUCGCAGGAGGAGGGCGCCAUGCUCUUCCUCGUCCGCGAGCUGCCCGGAUCCGCCGACGCGAGCACCGAGCGCUUCCGCCAGCGCGGCUACCGCAUGACCGAGACCCGCUUCCUCGCCGGCGUCCUCGCCGACCGCGUCGCCGUCAAGAAGGACGAGAUGGAGCCUCUGCUCGAGUCGCUCAAGGUCUACUCGAAGCGUGGCACCCGUCCCGUGGUCCAGCCCGGCGGUGUCUACGCCGGCCUCUUUGGCGUCCGCGCCUCGACCAGCAAGGAAGGCGGCCUCGACGUGCUUGUCUACAACUUCGCCCGCCACCAGAUCCCCGCCUACCGCCUGCCGGACGUCGAGUACAUCACGCCCGAGAUGAAGACCUUCCUCGGAUCCCUCGACCAGGCUACGAUGGAGGACGCCAUGAAGAUCUGCGAGCGCGAGUCGAUUCGCUCGGGCGAGCGCCGCAAGUACCUCCAGUCGAUGUCGUCGCUCCACGUCGUGCGCGACCCCGAGUCCGAGCUCGAGCAGGACGCCCUCCAGCUCAUGAUCCAGUUCCAGACGGCCCUCUUCAUUGCGCUCGAUGCCCUGCACAACUCGGUCCGCUUCUAUCCCAAGAUCUGCCAGACGGCUCGCAUCAGCGCCGAGGUGCUCGAGGUGCCCUCGAGCCUCGACGACAUGACGGCGCCCGCCGAGAUGAUCCUGGUGCAGGCGGUCCUGCCCGAGGCGCGCGCCAUGCCCACAUCCUACUCUGGCAACGAGAGCGGCCAGUUUGUGUCGGACAUCGUCCCCACCGACAAGCCCAACAGCGCCACCCCCUUCGUCUUCAUCCCUUACACGCUCUUCUCCAAGAGCCAGAUGAUGCUCCUGCGAGGCAGGCAGGCGGACGACUUUGAACACGAGGUCAUGGUCGAGAUGCGCAGGCGCUACCCGUCGUCGCUGCAAAGCGAGGCCGAGGAGAAGGGCAUCGACGCCUACCUGCAGCACAAGGACUCGAUGAUCUCGUCUGGGCGCUAUGCCGCCUACAACACCAGCGACGACCGCCUCGACUCGAGCUCGGGCGACGAAAAGGACCUGGUCAAGGACCACUACGGCAGCCCCAACUCGAAGCACAGCUACCCCCUGCCGACGGUGAGGCGCUGGGCCUCGCGGCUCAGCAACGACCCGGUGCAGCGCACCUCGAGGGAGGACGCCUACGAGCCAUCGCUGUACGAGGGCUCGCCCAGGAUCCCCGCCGAGCAGCGUGACCGUCGCACCAGCGCCGCCUCGGUCCGGUCACCCCAGGUCCAGCAGCAGCAGGACGACGUCGAAAUGCGCGGCGUCGCCGGCCUCCGGGCCGAGGACCAGCGGUCCAGCAGCCCUUCGUCGACGGUGGCGCGCAGCAACUCGUUCAACGGGCAGAAUGGCGGCAACGGCGGCUCUUCGCUCGGCAUCCGACGCUUCAUCCUCGAGGGCGGCGAGGGCCAGGGUUCCGCCGUCGUCAGCCAGGGCCGCUUUGCACACCCCGCCGACGACACUAUCACCGAGGAGACGGCCAGUGCUACGGUCUCGACCCAAGGCGGCCACCGGUAUGUCGACGAGCGCUCCGAUGACGGCAAGAAGCACGGUAACAAGGCGGCGCCGGGCGAUGUCGACCCGUCCGACGUCUACGGCUACCCGAUGCCGCCACCGACGCCCAACGGCCGCAAGGCACGAAGGCCCGCCGCGGCAGACGCCGGUGCCUCUGCGCUCUCGUCUGGCCGGACAGGCAGCCGACAGGGCCCCUCUGGCGGCGCCGCUGGCGGCGACGACGGACGGGAUCAAAUGCGAGGCAGCUACGCGCAGGCGGUCAACGCCUUCCGCUCCAACCUGCGACCCUCGACGGCACCGACAGGCGGCCGCCGCGAGCUCACACAGGCGCGCCCGGGAUCGGCACAGGGACCCCGCACGCAGAGGCCACGUACCGGACGCGCCGGUACCUCGCACGGGCCCAACCCGGCUCAGGACGAGGGCAGCGUCAUGGCGCGGCUCCAAUCCGACGGCUGGUACGCGCGGCAGAUCCAGAGCCUCGAGAAGAGUCCGGCGGGCACGGCGCUGCUCGGCGUGGACUUCUAA